AUGGCUGAAGUCUAUUUGAGUAAUUUCCGGAAUGCAGUAAAUGCGCAGGAAGUUGCCAAACAAAUUUGUUCUGUUGUGGAAGCCAACGAUAUUCAUGCAUUCGCUCAAUUUCUAUCAGAACCAUCGGUAAAAGCACUGCAAGACGACCAAAAUUAUUGCAAAUAUUACAAUUUAUUGUGGACAUACAAAGAUGCCGUUGAACGUAAGGACGAUUUGCCUGAUCUGAAUGAGACAAUGUUAAGGAAAAUUCGGCAGUUAUCGUUGGUAACGAUGUGCACUCGUUCAAAAAUUUUCUUGAUUGAAGAUGCGAUGCGUGAGUUGCAAAUCACUGAUCUGCAAGAAUUCCAACGUCUCUUCAUUUCUGCCAUAUAUGAUGGUAUUAUUCAGGGUCGACUGAAUGCUCAGAGAAGUGAAGUCGAGGUUUUUUCAUGGAAGAACCGAGAUAUUGCAGAUGAUGAAUUAGAUGAUAUUUGUCAAAUAUUACAUAAAUGGAUACAGCGAUGUACUGACAUCAAAGAGGAUUUGAGUCAUGUAGCAAAGCUCACUGAAAAAGCUAUUGCGGAAGCAAAUGAACGGGAGAAUAAAGUUGCCGAAGAAGCAAAAAAAGUGCAGAAAAUGCUUGAGGAAGAAGAAGAACAACGAAUGCCGAAGGAGUUUUAUCGGCGUACAAAAACUCAACGCGGAAAAAAGCACUGUUAG